CCUAAAUGGAUGGCUUUCCGGUGCAGCUGAUGCUUUAUAAUGUGAAUUUGCACCAUUGACUGUGUUUUCUUCCCUUGAAGCAUAGCAGUUAUUUUUUGACAUGGUUGCACAGAAGUGCAUUCUGGGCCUUGUGGUCCUGGUGGCUGUCUCAGCCUGGGCUGAGGAGGAGGGUUUGACUACUUCAGAGCGGAUUGAGAGAGUCAACAGAGAUGCUGUCCGUUCUCCUGAUGAGCCCUUCGUAGAGGACGAUGUUGCCUUUGAUUCUGAGGCUGAGAGAAAUGCUGACCCCUGCACGGCCAAAGGCUGCAUGUGGCCCAAGUCUGCCAAUGGAAAGGUCUACAUAGCCUACGUCAUUUCCAGCGAGUACUCCCCUCGUGAGGUGUCAGUCAUCGAGCGUGGUCUGCAGUCCUUCCAUGAUUUCUCUUGUUUGCGCUUUGUCAAACGCACCGGUCAGACAGACUACCUGAACAUCCAGUCCCUUAAUGGGUGUUACUCUUACAUCGGCCGUCUAGGCAACGCACAGACACUGUCCCUGCAGCGCUCAGGUUGUGUUUACCACGACACGGUCCAGCAUGAGGUGCUCCACGCACUGGGCUUCCAGCAUGAGCAGAAACGCUCUGACCGGGACCAGUACAUCCGCGUUGUGCUGGAGAACGUCAUUCCUGGAAAGGAGCACAACUUUGACAAAGUCAAGACUCUGAACCUGGGAACCACCUACGACUACGAGUCUGUUAUGCAUUACAGCAAGUACGCCUUCUCCAAGAACAACAAGCCCACCUUGGUAGCGAUCCCUGACUCCAGUGUUCAGUUCGGCACGGCUACUGAGAUGAGCCAGAAGGACAUCCUCAGACUGAACAGGCUGUACAAGUGCUGAACAGUGUUAUGUAAAUGUCAUCUUUUCAACCAUAACAGAUUUUAUUAAAUAUAAAUCCCUUAAUCAACAACAUGAAG